UCUCCCAGCUACUUGUCGUCGGACUCGGAGCCGCAGGUCAUCUCCUCCCUUCAGACCAGGACCAUGUCCAGACUCAGUCUGAGGCUCGAUAACGGCCUGUUGGACCACAGUCUGCCGCUCAGCAGCACCUCCUACAGCGCAGGAGGAGGCAGCUGGAGGAGCAGCAGGUCCCUGAAGUCUCGUCGUUCUCAGCAUCACUCUCUCUCCUGCUCGGAGUCUCUCCUCGUCCCAUCUCCUCGUAAACCGUCCGGCCGCUCGCUCCACAGCAGCAGUGUCCACAGUGUGACAUCAGACACCUCCCUGCUCUCCUCGCUGCUGGACGAGUCAUCCAUCCACGACGCCACACUGGUCGACACCCUCUGGGGUUUGGACCAUGACGUUGAUCCUAAAGAAAGCACCAUCAUAGCGGAGCAGAGUACCAUCCUGGCAAACGGCACUCUGAUUGGCUCAGACAGCCUCUGUGUCAAACACCCGGUGCAGACGCUCGGCAAGGUUUACUGCAAAGACUGCGAGCUGCAUCCGGACAAGAAGGAGUCCGUCACCACACGCAGUUCCUCCUCCAAAUACACCAGCUCCUACUCCUCUCUGUCGGGGGAGAGAGAACUGGAAACGUCCAUCGUCUACGACCGAGAGCGAAGUCGCAGGAGAACAGGUGUUUUGGCAUCCAUGUUGGAUGCAGGUGUAAAUGUGAGCAGGAGGGCGGCGGCCUGUGUCGUCUCCCUGCUCACUCUGAUUUGCAGUUGCCUGUUGCUGCGGAGAUGCCAUCACAUGACAGAUGUGCUGCAGAUGUGGCUGGCCCGGUCAGUGGUGUAUGUGAGGAGAGCAGCAGCCUGCUGCGUCUCUGUGCUCACACACACCUGGCAGGUGUGUCAGUGCGUCACACACUCUGACAACAGUCAUGGAGCUCGGCCUGAUCACUGUGGAGACAUGAAACUGAAGGAGACGACCACCAACCUAAAGGAGGCGCUACAUCUCAAUGGAUCUCUGUGUGAGUUACUACUGCAG